AUGUGUAAAGCGUUGAAAAAAUUUGUAGUUGACGGAGAACCUGGCAUACCCGGAAAGCCCGGAAGAGACGGCGAUGAUUCUCUGAUUAAAACAGAAUUUGAUGGAUAUCAAUCGUGUAUCAUAUGUCCAAAUGGAGCACAAGGAUCACCUGGAGCAAAAGGACCACCUGGCGCUCAAGGACCACCAGGGAAAACUGGAGAACCAGGACGUGAUGGAAGUCCAGGCUUGCCAGGAUUGCCUGGUCUGCCUGGUAAUCAAGGGCAAUGUGGUCCCCGUGGACCAAUUGGGCCUCCUGGACUAAGAGGGUCACCAUCAGUCAUCAUAUACGGUAGACCUGGACCGCAAGGACCACCUGGGUUAGAAGGACCAGUAGGACCACCAGGAGAAGAUGGCUUUCCUGGACCUCCAGGAGAAGUGGGUGCACCAGGCAAGCAGGGUCCUCCAGGUUUCCCAGGUAGUCCUGGAGAAGACGGGCUGCCUGGAAAACCGGGUGAAUCCGGACCACCAGGUACUGAUGCGGCUUACUGUCCCUGUCCUCCACGUACGAGCAAUACGAAUACAAAAAUAAUACCGGACGAAAAGUACGGUACUACAUCACAGCAAGCAGAUACUUCAGAGCAAUCAUCACUUGAUUCAGAAAGCUAUGCACCACCACAAUCUGAUCUUACAGUUGCACAGCGUUUUUCCUUCGAAGAACCCAUCCACGACUCACGUAAGAAAUCACGCCGCAAUCGUGUGAUACGUUUGGCGAAAACAACACGUCAGAAAUCAAGACCACUACACGGAACCAAAAAAUGA